AUGAAGAAAGGUGGUUAUACUCAAAGCAGGGCAGAUCAUACCCUAUUCAUAAGGAAGAGAAAUGGGAAACUUACAACUCUUAUCGUCUAUGUAGAUGAUAUGGUAAUUACUGGGGAUGAUAAGGAAGAGAUUAAAAGGCUGAAGGAGGUCCUAGCUGCUGAAUUUGAAAUCAAAGACCUGGGUCAAYUGAGRUAYUUUCUAGGGAUUGAAGUUGCUAGAUCCAAAGAGGGCAUCUAUAUAUGUCAACGGAAAUACAUCCUUGACCUUCUACAAGAGACAGACAUGUUGGGGUGCAGGCCAGCAGAUACUCCAAUAGAACCAAACCAUGGUGUACAGGAGUCGGUAGGAGAGGACUACCUUGAUAAGGAAAGAUACCAAAAGCUAGUGGGGAAGUUAAUUUUCCUAUCCCUCACUCGUCCUAACAUUGCUUAUGCUGUUCAUGUUGUCAGUCAAUUCAUGCACAAUCCAAAAAUUCCUCACAUGAAAGCUGUAGAAAGGAUUCUUAGAUAUUUGAAGUCUUGCCUUGGGAAAGGGAUUCUGUUCAGAAAAAAUGAUAGAAUUGAAGUUGAAGGAUAUACUGAUGCAGAUUGGGCUGGUUCUGUGGGUGACAGAAAGUCGACUUCAGGAUACUGCACCUUUGUUGGAGGAAACUUAGUUACAUGGAGAAGUAAAAAAUAG